GUAUAUAUUUAGCAGGAUGACGUCAUACAAGGCAGCCCAGUCAUGUGGCAUUCUGUUGGAGAGAUACAAAGUAUCCAGAUAGCUGUUUAGUGUUUCCACCAGAGAUGCUUCCUCUUCCUAUGGCCAAUCAGCAGAGGCUGCUGCACAGAGCAUUGCACUGAGAGGGUUAACAGGGAAAUGCAGUCUCUCCUCCUCUAGCUGGUCCCUCCCUCUGCCUGCCUGCCUGUGCUGUGAUCAGGGAAUCCCCAGAUAUCCCACACACACAGAGAGCCAUGGCAUCCACUGAGAGCUACAGGAGUAUCAUCCAUCUCAAUGGGGGAACCUGGCUCAUCCUGGCACUGAACCUGCUCUGGAUCUCUGCUGCUCAGUCCUUCCAUGUGUCCAGGCAGUUUGCACCAGCACAACCUCCCAACCCUGGACUUUCAUACAAAACUUACUACUUUAACCAGAAGGUAAGGCAAUGAGCUGCUCCUUUUGGGGAGAGGGGUCAGCAUCAAAGAUCUCAGCCAUGCAAACCCCUUUUAUAUAUGUAUUUCACAGGGUAAGACAGAUUUCCACUUUGCAUUGUGCCUGAUGUGAUUUGCAGUCCAUAGCCAUUGGAGAACCAGCAGCUGCACACCGUACCUGUCAUCAUAUGGUGAUGGUGGUGUUAGCCUAGAAUGAUGGGAGUUGGGGGAUGUAGUAUCUGUUGUGCAACCGAUUACCAAACAUAGUGAAGGAAAGGAGUCUACUGAGCCUGAUGGGAGUUGUGCUGCCCAUUCCCUUCUGUAGUUAUUAUAGAAUCUCCCAGCUGUGAUACUCUGAGCGUGAUGGGAGAUGGAGUGCCACACAUUGCUAACCAUUGCACCGUCGAUAAGAUUGCAGAAUUCAAUGAGAAGUUCAUACUGUCUGUAAGCAGAUGUGUAAGUGAUGGUUGUCGAGCUAGAACAGUAGUUCAAUCAGAUCUUAGCAUUUAAAGCUGGCAAUGCAUAGUGGGAGUUGUAGUUCUGAGUGCCUCUUGGUCAGCCCUGGUUUAAAUUAUCCAGUCAUUACAAGUAUUGGGUAAUGUGAGGAUGCUUCCUGGUCACGAGUGUCUGGGUUUUGCAAGUUGUUUUGAUCUGUCUCUGGUUUAAGUACAAUUUGCUGACAUUUCAUUUUUACUUCCUCAGAUCUUGUUCCAUUCCAUGAAGUCAGCAGGGUUUCAGUGUAAUGAUUGCAGGGUUAGUUCAGUACAUCACUGGGUGUAAGGAGUUACUCAUGUAUUAUCUAUACAUUCACUUCAUUUGUGUGUCCUGGGAUUUUUUUUGAGAAUUGAAUUUAAAAAUUAUUUCAAGAUCAAAAUUCAGAGUUUAGUGAAUAACGUUGAUAGGAUUAAAACUGCCACAAUACACCGGCGCUGUCAGACAUCUGGGACAGAAUUCUGUUUUAAAUCCCAUUGUCCGACGACGGUCCUCAAUACUUGGAAAAUACAGCCGACUUGAUCCUAGGGUUUAUUUAUUGAACUGGAAAUCAUGUACAACACAACCGCCUAUUUUAGAGGAAAAAAAAUAUCAAUAAUAGCUGGUAACAUAAAAAUGUUGGAGAUUUAUUUAUUUAGUUUUCGCUCAAAUUUUUUUUAUACAGUACCCUAAAUUUUCAUUAUCUUUACCGCUGCUUUUUAGAGAAUAAACCCCUAUAACGUAGUGUAAGAUGAUCACCCGACGUAAAUAGCUGAAAGCCAUUGAUGCAGAAAUUCAGGUGUGAGAAUGUUGCUGGCAGUAGAGUCUCCUGACACUCUGGUACGUUACUGGCUGAAGCGAUGCUCUAUAUAUUAAAAUGUAUGUCACACACCGGCAUCGCUGCGGGAAGGUUUGGGGGCAGAUGCCCCAGAUCUCUACAGCUGGUGGAAGGAAUAGUUGGAUAUUUGUGUUUUGUUUUCUUAAAAAGAAAGCCCUUUAUAAUAGAGCUUUGUUUGGCUACUUAGGGGUAGGGAGUGGUACCCCCAGGUGACUGUCAGCAGGGGGCGCUGUAGAACAGAACUUUGCGAUACACCCUCCAUUAGUUAGAGUGGGGGGAUUGCAUUGAACACCUGGAUAUAGUUUCAUUGAGAUCCCAGAGAGUAUCAGCAGACCACUGAUGAGGACGUGGGACAUAACAAUGAGAGGCAGUGAUACGUCCUAACAUAUCCCCACCUCUCUAUUAGUGUAGGGGUCAUUGAGCUUUCCGUAACUUAGCAACACCCAUGGCUGUGUGGCAUCUUCAUUGUGAAACUGCGUAGGUCACUUUUUGUUACUGAUUGACAAUUACACAAUUUUUUUUAAUUUUUUUUAAAUUCUUUAUUUUUGUGGUGCAAAUAGUUUUCACAUGCUUUUUCAAUGCUGCAGCCGCGGUAUCCAGAAUAGUAAAUAUUUUACAGGUACAUGGCAUAUACAAUUACUGCACACAUUUUUAAAUUUAGUAAACUAAGUAGCUGAGUCACAGGCUUAUCCAAAAUGUCUAAAUUACUUGUAGUGAGUCGUCUUAGUGGAUUAUACAUACAUAUGGAUGAUCAUGCUAAAGUGAGUUGUAUACUAGGCUUUUAAGAUUAGGAGAACUAAGGAUUAAAACAUAUACAGUGCUCCAUUAGGUUAGAUCGCAGAUCCUACGUUAUGCUAAAUAAGUGCACUGUGGUUGAGUGUGUAAGUGUUUCGCAAGCUUAAACCAAACUGACAAACAAAAAUGGUACAGCAUCUUAAUCAGAGAUGUUUAAGUCUGGAAUGCUAGCUUUAUGUGAAGCCACGGCGUUGUUAGGCAGGAUUAGCUUCACUGCAGGUAACCUCCUGGUAGGUUUAGUCCCAUGGUUAGUCCAUGCCAUGCAAACCCUCGCCACUUCUCGUGGCCAGAUCGUUCAGUCCUGGGUCGAGGCUGGGAAGGGGCUGGGGCAGUAUGCUUCACUGUUAUGCAAUAGCCGCUGCGUUCUUUGUGCUGGUGCCUUGGUGCUGGAGGGCGUGAGUAAUGUUUCUCAUUGCCGUUGUCCUGAGGCACUCCGCCCUGCUUGCCGCUGUGAGUUUGUUGCCACCGUCCUUUUCAGCUUUCGCCACUCUGUCGCUGCACAGAGCCGGUCCCGGCCCGUUAGCUGCCUGCUGCUCUUGCUUGCGAGGCAGCGUUGUCUGCAUGAGGCUUCAUGGUAUGGACUGCCGCCAUUUUAGGUAUGUGAAGAGUCGUUGCUUCCUCCCGCCUACAUCCAUCCAGUAGGGCUUGCGUGUACAGCAACAGGCUUGUACAGGUGCCAUGGUGGACCGUGAUGACCCCCGACGGUCCAAAGGGGGAGGGUCCUCGUCUGCAGGACUUCGGGACUGGAUGACCGGCCGCAUCUCCCGCCCCGCAUCAACUGCUAAGCCACAAGUUGGACCUGCCUCGGCUAGUGCCUCCAGAGAGUCCAUGGUGCCCCAGUCGGGUUCCGUGGGGGUGGGUAAGUGGGGAACCACUUGGCUCGUUUGGGUUGAGACCUGUGAGGCUUAUAUUAUUAGCGGGAACUCCGUUUGCAUGCGACUUCUCCGCAUGGCGGUCAAGCUCUGCCCCCUACAAUUUUGUUUUUAAAUUCAAAUAUUUAUCCUUUAGGAACACUCCCACCCAAUAAAACCAUAAUUUUAAUCAAGAUAUGGGGCAGCAUCUUUUUCAAAUGGUUUAAUCCUGAAAUUUUUUUUUAUAAAAGUCUAUUGCAUUUAAUGAUUUAAAAAUUUUUUUAGAUGUAUUUUUUUUUUUUUUGGGGGGUCAAAAUUUUACAUUUUUUUUAUUUUACAUCUGGGUGAGCAGCCAUGUUGGGUGAUUGAAAUCGCAGCAGCAGGGGAGUCUGGUUUAGCAGCAUUUGUCCAGUUAAAAGUAGAGUCUGACCCAAAAAUUAUACCUCCCAACAUUUCAAAUGGACAAAGAGGAACACUUUAAUUUUAGGGGUGUGAGUGGCGUGGCCAAGGUCGGUGCUAUUCUAGAAAUUUUUAGGUGGCUUACUAAUAACAAUGUAUAGAACUAAAAUGUCAUUUAGAAGAACAAUGUAUCUUAUUUACACAGACUGUGUAACGUGUAAUGUGUGACGUGUCAUGAUUCCCUUUUAUUCCAGAAGUUUGGUCCUUAAGGGGUUAAAGACACAUUACUGGGAGUAUUAUUGCUGUGGAGCUCUGCUAUACACUCAGACACAUUACUGGGAGUAUGACUGCUGUGGGGCUCUGUUAUACACUCAGACACAUUACUGGGAGUAUUAUUGCUGUGGAGCUGUUAUACACUCAGACACAUUACUGGGAGUAUUAUUGCUGUGGAGCUCUGUUAUACCCCCAGCCACAUUACUGGGAGUAUUAUUGCUGUGGAGCUCUGUUAUACCCCCAGCCACAUUACUGGGAGUAUGACUGCUGUGGGGCUCUGUUAUACACUCAGACACAUUACUGGGAGUAUUAUUGCUGUGGAGCUGUUAUACACUCAGACACAUUACUGGGAGUAUUAUUGCUGUGGGGCUCUGUUAUACACUCAGACACAUUACUGGGAGUAUUAUUGCUGUGGAGCUCUGUUAUACACUCAGACACAUUACUGGGAGUAUUAUUGCUGUGGGGCUCUGUUAUACACUCAGACACAUUACUGGGAGUAUUGUUGCUGUGGAGCUCUGUUAUACACUCAGACACAUUACUGGGAGUAUUAUUGCUGUGGAGCUCUGUUAUACACUCAGGCACACCAACAAUACAGAGCUCCUAGAAAAGAGGGACAAAAGGAUUGAAAAGAGGGAAAGGGGGAUUUGGGCCUAGCAUAGACACUGUUUAUCCUAAAUAGGGACACUUGGUAGGUAUGCCUAAUGGCUGCCAGCUAGAUUUAAAAAAAAAAAAGAAAAGUUUCAUUAAAUGUAAUAAACUUUUUUUUUUUAAAUGAGAGGUGAACAUUUGAUGACCGUUGUUCAUUAACUAACAAUGGGAUUUUGAUGAACUGACACUGAAAUUGCAAAUUUCAAAGCCAAGUUGCAGAAACAGAAAAACCUUUCAACUUGGCUAUUUUCCAGUUUGGCUAUUAGGUGUAAAAUGUUUAAUUUCCUUGUGAAUUCUCCAUAAUAGUUGGUAUACUGAAUGAAGCGGGUGUCAUCAAACAAAAUCUGAUACAGUAUAUAUGUAGGUGUCUAGGGCCCUAGUCACAAACCUUCAAUAGAAAAUGGAAUUUGGGAAGUAAAACACAUGACGUGGAGAUGGGAGAGUGUGGGCGUUCUUGUGGUAGGGAGCCUCAGAGUUGUGGGGAAGUUCAGGGAACAUCUUGUUACCGAUAAGAGGAUGUAGCAAGGUAGUUGUGGUACAGUAGGUCACGGGAGAAUAUGGAGGUCCUGCUGUUCAUGAUAUAUAACUGAAGUGGACAAAUUUUAGUUUAAAAUGUAAUUUUUGAGGCAAUGACUUACCAGAAGAACGGCAGAGGUGGGUGAAAUCGAUAAGCCUGAUGGGAGACAAGACAGCCAUUCAAAAAAGAUUGAGCCUGUGAAAAUUCCUGUAGUUGAGACAACAAUUGAGUAAAUCCAUUAAAGGUACACUGUAGGUUCCAAAACAACUUUAGUUUAAUUAAACAGUUUUUUGGUGUAUAGAUCAUGCUCCUGCUGUCAAACUGCACAAUUCUCUUCCAUUUAGGCGUUAAAUCACUUUUGUUUCUGUCCACGCAGUCCUAGUCACAACUACCUGCAUGUGAUUUGCACAGCCUUCUUAAACACUCCUUUUAUGGUACAUUUGUUUAAUUUAGAAUUUCUUAUCUCCUGUUCUGUUAUUAGCCUUACAGAGCCCACAGUAGCCUCCUGUGUGUGAUUAAAGGAACAAUGCAUCUCUAUGAGGAAAGUUUAGUGUCUCCAUGCAGAGGGUGGAGAUACUGAAUGUCAAUGCCCCAGGAAACACCUCUAGUAGCCAUCUAAAGAUUGGCCAGUGGAGUUAUCCCUAGGCUGUAAUGUAAAGAUUGUCUUUUCUCUGAAAACACAGUGUUUACUGCAAAAAGCCUGCAGGGACUGACUAUACUCACCAGCAACUAAAUUUUUUCUGGUGACUAAAGUGUCCCUUUAAAGUUCAAUUGACAGAUUAUAAAAUAAAACUUCUAAAGCAAGUUAACAUCCAACUGAAAUUGAAUAUUUUUUUUUUUUAAUGCUGACUGUGUCCGUUAAAGCCAGGGGAGGUGUGGUUAAGGCUGCAUAAACAGAAACAAAAGUGAUUUGACUACUAAAUGGCAGGGAAUUGAGCAGUGAGACUGCAGGGUCAUGAUGAUCGAUCAGAGUUGCUUUGAUGCCUAUAGUAUCCCUUUAAGGUUUUUGCUGUGUUUUAGCUAAUUAAUAGGUGGUUUCUAUGACUGUAUUCCUAACACUUUAGUGUUCCUAUCUCUGUUUAUACAGGUACCUCCUUUUUUGUUCCGUAAAAAUAACACAAUGUUUUUACUGCUCUUUUUUCCAGCACCAAGGCUCCCUCAUUGCCAUUAACUCUUGGCCUCCCGCGGCAUCAUGGAGGAGACAUGAACUCCUCCGAGAUGUCCCAAUACAAUGCCCUCAUAGAAGAGCAUUGGGCGCCUGAUGUACAUGCGUGACGAGUAUUGCGCACAUGUCCAAACUUCCCCCAUAGGAAUGCAUUGAAUCGAAAUGUUCUGUUCUAAAAUGUGAUGCAAAUAGGAAGAGUCCCCAUUGGAAUGUCCCUGCUGUUCUACUGGUUUCCGUGGUGAUUGCUCCAUCUUUAGUACAUUAGACCACUUUUUAGAACAUAAGCCUUCGAUAAUUUCCCCCCUGAUGUUUAUCUAUCUCCUCCUCAUUUGCAAUGUGUGCCCUGACUGUGUCAAGAACAAACUGGAUAGUGACGUAUUUUGCUAAAUCUGUAAUAUAAAUAUAAUUAUUGGUGUAAAUUCUAUUGCUUGUUUGAGCCAACUCCAACAUUCAGACUUUCAGGUCCAGGAGGAUUUGUGAAGCAAUGUCAUCUUGGCUGCCCAUUGUACUCCGGUCCCUUGUCUUUAAUAAUCCCACUGCCCCACACCCCCCUCUUAUUAUCUCUUUGUCCUUUCUCAGGUUUUGUCACUUUUUCUUUUAGUCCUUACCAGGGCCGCCAUCAGGGCAUGACAACCAUAAGGGCUGUCAUGGGCCCGGCAGUCCUGGGGGGCCCGGACUGCUCAGGUCGUCCCGGGCCCCACAUUCAGUGGCGUACAUACCGGGGUCCCGGUAUGUACCCAGUGUGGCCAGCCUCUUCUCCUGGGGGGCCCAGCAGCCGGUCACCUCAGGGCCCCCAUAUUCCAGCUCCGGCAUUAGUACGUGGCGCGCGAGGGAGCUGAAAAGGAAGCACUCAGCCAAGGAAUCCCCUCAGCACUCCCACAGGUAAGGAGGCUGGGGGGAUUCAAUUUAAAAAACAAAACAUGUGUGUGUUAGAGUGUGUGUGUGUGUGUUAGUGUGUUAGUGUUAGAGUGUGUGUGUCAGUGUGUGUGUUACUGUGUGUGUUAGUUUGUGUGCGUCUGUUAGUGAGUGUGUGUUUUGUGAGUGUGUGUGUGUGUCUGCCAGUAAAUGUGUGUCUGUUAGCUAGUGUGUAUGCAUCUGUUCGUGAGAGUGUGUGUGUGUCUUAAGCACUUUACCUUAUCUCUCCGCCCUGAUCCGCCUCUCAGCUCCGAAUGCGCAUGCGUGGCAAGAGCCGCGCGCAUUCAAACUGCCCAUAGGAAAGCAUUACUCAAUGCUUUCCUAUGGACGUUCAGCGUCUUCUCACUGUGAUUUUCACAGUGAGAAUCGCGGAAGCUCCUCUAGUGGCUGUCAAUGAGACAGCCACUAGAGGCUGAAUUAACCCUCAGUGAAACAUAGCAGUUUCUCUGAAACUGCUAGGUUUUCAGCUGCAGGGUUAAAACUAGAGGGACCUGGCACCCAGACCACUUCAUUGAGCUGAUGUGAUCUGGGUGUCUGUAGUGGUCCUUUAAGUGUAUCUGCAUGCACUGCUACAUACCGCAGUCACAGGGGUCGCAGCCCUGCAACCAGGUGUCCGCCGCCAUGUGUUGCGGCCCCAGCCCGCGCAGAGUAAGCGCGCGCGGGGGGCCCACGGAUCAGUUUUCGCACCGGGCCCAUGGGUUGUGUGUACGCCACUUAACGCUAUAUAUGUGUGCACUGCGGGCCCCCCCGCUACCUGUAUUCUGCAGGGGGCCCAGCACACUUGAAAUAUACUGCCCAGAGCUCUGCUCUGUCGAAGUCUCGCGAGCGACGCGAUCGUCAGAGCGUUGCCAUGGCAACGCACGCUUGCGAGACUUUGACAGAGCAGAGCAUCUGGGCAGUAUAUUUCAAGUGUGCUGGGCCCCCUGCAGAAUACAGGUAGCGGGGGCUGCACCAUUCCUCAGGACCUCCGGCUCCAGGGCUCCAGCCAAUGUGAUCUCCCCCCUCCAUGGCCACAGGUGAGAUACAGGGAGGGGGGAAUAAAACAAUACAAUUAAUGGAUGGAAAAAAAACCUGUAGGCUUUCCCCCCCACAUUUAGCAGCCCCAUACAUUUACACACACUAUACACUAACAUUUACACAUGCUAUACACUAACAUUUACACACACACUAUACACUAACAUUUACACACAUGCUAUACACUAACAUUUACACACACACGCUCUACACUAACAUUUACCCACACGCUGUACACUAACAUUUACACACAUGCUAUACACUAACAUUUACACAGACUAUACACUAACAUUUACACAGACUAUACACUAACAUUUGCACACUAUACACUAACAUUUGCACACUAUAGACUAACAUUUACACAGACUAUAGACUAACAUUUACACAGACUAUAGACUAACAUUUACACACACUAUUCACUAACAUUUACACACACUAUACACUAACAUUUAUACAAACUAUACACUAACAUAUACACACAAUAUUCACUAAAAUUUACACACACUACAUCCUUACACAAACAUACACUCUGCAGUCACUACACACACUACAUCCUUACACAAAUACACACUCUGCAGUACCUACACAAACACACAUACACACACUUUGUAGUCACUACACACACUACAUCCACUGAACAAACACACAGUCUGCAGUCACUAUACACACAUUAAAUACUUACACAAACACACACUAUGUAGUCACUAUACACACACUACAUUGACUACACAAAGACGCACUCUGCAUCCACACACUGUAUUCACUAAACACUACAUCCACUACACACACUCUGCAUUCACUACAUCCCUUACACAAACACACACUCUGCAUUUAAUACACACAAACACUACAUCCACUACACAUACACACUCUGCAUUCACUAUAAACACACACUACAUCCACUACACAAACACACACUCUGCAUCUAAUAUACACCUCAUACAUUACACAAUCUGCAUCCACUAUACACACUGCAUCCGUUAAACACAAACCGCAUCCACUUAACACACGAACUCUGCAUCCACUACACACAUUCUACAUCCACUAUACACACACCAGAAUCAGUACAGACACUGCAUCCCUGUGGGCGGACUCAGGGGGGGGGCAGCACUUUGGGCGGACUCAGGUGCAGGCACCGGGGGGCCCAGACCUUGAGCUGUGUCAGGGGCCCCAAAAUUUCUGAUGGCAGCCCUGGUCCUUACUCUGUUCUUUUCAGACACCCACCUUGCCUUUUAGAAGUCAUUCCUUUAGCAAGCUAUUUGUUAUAGGGGUCUGCAGACCUGGGGGAUGUAGUGUGGGGUCCAUCAUUAUUAAGGGGUUUCAUCACAGGUCUACUGAAUGCCCUAAUGAAAUUGGAAUUACCCAUAAUGCUUUUCCAGGCUGGUUAUGAAUAAUGAGAAACGUAGUCUGCAAACAUCUGCAGUGCCGUGGAUACCCAUCACUGAACUGGAAAGUAAAAAGCCGCUUUGUAGCAGUACUGUGAAUUUAUUGAAGUGGAUACUGUAACUUGGCAAGCAUUCAAUGUAGAUGUUAAUAGCUCAAUACAGACAAUUAGAAACAAUAGGCUUUGUUUGGCAAUUAAGUAAAAUAAGGAAGUCCUUGUUGUAGCUCUCCAGUGAAAUUAUAGAUUUAUGCACUGUUUUAUCAAAGUGUCAAACGGCACACGUAACUUUCCAAACCGGGCAGGAAGCCUUACUCAUAUCCUACUACCUCCUGUUGGUUUCCUACAAUCUUUACCAAAUUUACCAGCAAGGAUCAAAAUCACAACAGCUGUUAAAGUGGCCGUCGUGUUUUUUUUUUUUUUUAAUAAAAAUGUAUCCAGUGUAUGGAUAGCAUACAGAUGCCCGCUGUAAUGGCUGGUUAUGAAUAAUGAGAAUCGUAGUCUGCAAACAUCUGCAGUGCCGUGGAUACCCAUCACUGAACUGGAAAGUAAAAAGCCGCUUUAUAGCAGUACUGUGAUAUCUGGGCGCAGCCAUUUUUUUCCACUGUGUCCAUGAUGUCUGCUGUGUGUCCUGGGGUUAUUUUCACUGAUGGAUUGUAUUGGCAAAUGAGACUUGAUCCAUGCUUAAACUCUGCCCUUUGUGAAGUUUUGUCACGUCAAACCGGUGAUGAUCGAAGAAUCCUCAGACUGCAGCCAAGCACCCUCUCUCCCUGGAAAGGCGAUAUAAUCCUGAUUUGCUUCAUUGCUUUCAAGGAUAAACUUUUUAUCUUCACUGUCCCAUUAAAGUGGCUACGUCACGUCAAACUUGCAUUUCUCCUGUUUCCUCUUCUCUUCCUCUUUUCCAAUCUAUUCUUCAUUUCUGAUCAAUUUCUCUUUAAAGCAUACACAUAUUCCUACGCUUGAGAAUUGUGAAAAAAGGAUGGAGCAUAAGGAAAGCUCCACUUCCUUUGUCAAGAUAUCUCUGCCACAAUACUCGCCUCUACCCUGUCCUUCCUCUGUUGCCUUGCAAGGUUUUUGAGCGCCACCCAUGCCCGAUACAAUUUUCACCACUCGUGGCUUAUUGGGCAUGUUCGACGGCAGCUCUCUACAAAGUGCUCCCCCGUCACAUACUGUGGACAAAGAAGGCUGUGACAAUAUGUCAACGCCAGAAAUAAGAAAAUGGUUACACCAGGAAUAAGUUUCCGGCACUGCGAAGAAUGGAAAAUUUAAUGUACGGGAGGUGAAUUGGGAGCAAAUAAACACUGGAGACACUAGGGACUUGUAUAAUUGGGGAGGGGGCAUAAAAAGAAUUGGCAGGUAUGUCAAGCUGUCUGCCAAUCAAACAAGUCAGCCCAUCCAGGGUGGGCCAUGUCAAGAUUGCAGUUCCAGGGCUCUCUGCAUGCUCAUAGAAGCCAGAACAUGGAGUGAACGCAUCAAAUGACACAUUCAAACUUUUUCUGGGCACGGUUCCCUGGUGUAUCCAAAGUCAGUCCAGUGGGACCGGAUCCUAAAAGAGGGACUGUCUCGCUGAAAUCAGGAUGAUUAGGAGGUCUGCAACUAGACAUGCUAAAUGAAUGAUAAAAAUAAAAGCAAACUGUCAUAUUUUCCACUUUAAUAUUUAGAUGUUACUGUCCCUUUUUUUUAAAGAUGCAUUUGUUAUUGAGACUAACAUUCAAUCACACACAAUUCAAACAAUGAUCUGUGUCCUGUUAUGGCUGGAGUGUGGAUUGUUUCCAAGAUAUGAGAAUCGAGCAUUGAACCAGAAGAUUACACUUUCUAUCCUAGAGUGAUCUUACUUUGUGUUUUAAGUUUCUGCAGGUAUUUUGUCUUUUUUUUUUUAUGAGGGUUUUAUAAUCUGAAGCAAUGAGCUCCAAUCUUGGCGCUGCUGGUGGUUCCUGAACUACAUUUAUCCAUGAAAAAAUAUCUUGCUUGCUUAUAUUGGAAGCAUUUAUCUAGAAAGAACCUCUUAUCUGGACCACCUUCAUACUGUAGAUCCUCAAGAGAAAACAUGUAUGUAAUGGUUCUAGUUUUAUAUUCUUUUUGACAUCCAAAACAAAAAAGAAAAUGCUGGAGCAUAGUGAAAUAUGUUAAUUAUUUUGUUUCAUUCUGUAUCCCCACUCCAGUUUUUUUUUUCUUUCUUCUUUUGGUAAGCUGGCUGAGUGUGAUGGGUUAAGUAGUUCACAAAUCACACAUUAGCUCCACGCGAAACUUACAACUAUAUUUGCCUUCAAUCCGUGUAAUAGACAAUGUCUAAAAUAGAAUGGUAAAUGCUAAUUAAUAUGUAUUUAAAGGGGCACUACACUAUAAUCCCCAGAACCAUAGCCUGAGAUUAUAAAGAUUGAUAAUCACAGGAAGCAGAGGUGGGGCACCUCCACAGAGACUGGCGUGCUUCAGGGAAAUAAGGUAAGUAAGUAAUUCAUUUUGAUAUCCUUACAUUUUAUUUUAUCCUAAAAGAAGCAGCUUGUUGGAACAGGCCCUCGUCACCUCUUUUGUCUACCGAUAUUAUUUUGUGUAUAUCAAUUUCUUAUUGUUAAAAAUCACUAUUGUAUCAUUGUAAAGUGCUGUGGAAACUUACUUAUAUAACUAAACUUCUGACUUCACAGUCAGUUCAUACAAUUUUUAAUUUUUUUUUUUUAAAAAUUUUAAAUCCGGUCAAACUAAUUUACUCGACAUGGUUGUUCAGCUAAUCUGGAUAUGUUAAUGCAAAUGAGUUGGGAAAAUCUUUUUCAAUAAAUCAAAUGGGAGCGAUAAAGUGUAAGAUAACGUGUGUGUGUGUAUAUAUAUAUAUAUAUAUAUAUAUAUAUAUAUAUAUAUAUAUGUAUGUAUAUCUUGCAUAUCAGGCUCAUUUUAGUGCUCUUUUAAUAAAGCUAAUUCUGGUUGGAAUUCGGUCGACCAAACUAAAUAGAAUGGUAUUUUAUCAUUCCAAAUUCAGUCAAUAUUUUUAUUUUUUUUAUUUUAAGCUUUUGGUUACUUUUGAGAAUUUGCUCGCAUAUUUGAAUUAGAUGGUCUGGCUGAUCCCUGAUUUUAUUUAUUUGAAUGGCUUUCCCCUAACCAUCGAGCAUCUUAUUUACUUUUUUUAAUAAAUUUUUUUACCGUACCACUCUCAAAACUCUAAAUCAUGAAUCAAAUUUGGCCAUCAUCCACCUUUUAUUUUUUUAUUUUUUUUUAUUUUAAUUUUAUUUUUUAUUAAAACAUUUUUCAGUCUUACAUCCAUAUGGCUCUUUGGAGUCAUGGAAUUUGGAGGACCAGCUGAUCAGCCCAAAUUUAUACAAACUGCAGUUUGUCUGAAACCAAAUACACAAGUCUAGCCCUAACACUUUUUUUUUUUUUUUUUCAUGGUCCCAAAUAGCGUACACCAUUUUAGCAUGGUUAUCUUCUAUAUUAACGGGUAAGAUAUAUGUAUUUCUUCAAAUCAUAUCUAUUAGACUCUCCCAAAUGUGAAAAGUAUAUCUUUUGAACAUAAUUUAGCAGUACCUCUGCUGAAACAUGGGGUAGUUGAGGGUUGUUGCCUGAGUUCCAACAUAUAUGAUGUGCCUGUUUCGGUUCCUGAGAAUUCAUGAAAUAUGAUGAGAGUCCAACAUUGAUUUAAGAACUUCUGGUAUAGUUAAUAUAUUGCUAAAUGUUACUAUUUUAUUUAUAUAGCACCAGUUGUAACCAGACAAAUGGACGCACAGGAACAGAGGAGUUGAAGGCCAUGCUCAAUGAGCUUACGUGCUAGAGGGACACAAAGUGACACGUAUAGUGACACAAAGGGUAUAAGUAACGUAGGGGUAACGAAAUAGGUUGCUAGAAAAGUAUUUUUUCAAACAUAGUUUUCAAAGUGAGUUUUCAAAGAUAUUUUUUGAAGGGGUGAAAGUCUAACGGAGUGAAAGUCUAACGGAGAAGGGAAGGGAGUUCCACAGAAAAUUGCAGCCCUGGAUAGGUCUUGAAGGCGAGCAUCAGAUGUGGGAGUACGGACAGAGGAUAGACGUAGGUAUUCGGCAGAGCGCCAAAGGCUAACAGGAGAUCUGGCUCUUCACCUGUCAAUCAAUCUUUGGCAUGCACACACUGCUGGGAAUUGAUUGGCAGGUGGGAUAGGGGUCUAUAGUUAAAAUUGAAUCUUUACAAUUUCUAGAACAAUGUGUAACUGAAUGGCCGUUCUUCACAAAGCGCUUGUUUUCUGUAUAGGUGCCAAGACAAAUACACUUUAAUACCUUAAAUUAAUUGUAUUAUUUAGAAGCCAUAUAAAUAGGCUCCAAAACCUUAUAUUCCAAAUAAAGAUAUCCUCUUUAAUUGUCUGUUAAUUAGGGCUGAAUAUUCAGCUAUUCUGGUAAAUGUUCGCCUACCAUCCUUGCACAGAAGCACUAUCUGAGUCAUUCUAUAAAAGAACAUUGAGCACAUCCAGGCUCUUCCUGAUAAAAAAAACAUCUCAGAACGGAUGAGAAGGUCAUCCCCCAUAUUAAACGGUCAUCAUCUGCUCUGUUUUGGUUCCUGCUGGGACAGCAGAUGUCAGGGCGACCUCGGUCAGCUUAUAUUUUUGGAUUAAUAGAGAGGGCUCGGAGGGGUUCUUUAACUUUGUUUUCUUUGGAUUGUUCAGAGGAUGCGCUUAUUUUCACACUACUGGCCACUAAUUAGUUUAUAGUUGUGUCCCAUCCGUAGGUGCUCUCAUAAGUAUUUAUCCAUCUGUCUUAAAGGUUGACAAACUUCCUGUGGGACUUCACUCAAGAAUAGAUGUGCUAUUGUCAUUGUAAAACGUGUGUGUUCUUGUUUUUAGGAAAAAAAAAGUUGACACCAUAAAUCCUUGAACUCUUUUUACCUAAAACAAUACAAAUUUGUUUUUAAAUAUUAAAUAUAGCGAGUAGCAAAGUAACUGUCCCUGUCUGGUGUAACCGUAGAUUUUCUAAUAAGUAAGUUAAGGUAGCUCAGUAAGUCUAGAAUUGGCUCAGUAACUCUGCAGAAGCUGGUUGCUGGUCAGCCUGGAGGUUUGGCUCCCGACAUGACCCAAUUAAGUGGUAAUCCAUUGCUAAACGGUUUGCCCCCUUACUGGGAAAUGAUGCCAGGUUACUUCUUAGUUUAUUGAAAAAAGACUAUUAUUUAUCAUUAUAAUUAUUGUGCAAAUAUAUCCAGCAGCUCUUUAAAAUAGAUCUCAUAAGUUAUGAAAGAUUUACGAAUACGUAAUUUCCAAAGAAUUGAUGGAUCUCCUUUAAGGUGGCGGGAAGUGGAUUCAUCCCUUUAAAUUGUUGAAGGGUUGACUGACAAUUUCUGCCAAUGUUCAACUUUCCUGAAUUGUGUAUGGCAGAAAACUCUGUGUCAUUGUUGCUAUUCUAGAAAUGUCAAUUUUUUGGCAAAGUAUUUGUGUUAAACCGACCGGUUGUGGCUCCAAUGAAACAUUGACAUUUAGUUUACUUAAGAAUAGACUUCAGAUUCAUAACAUAAACAAUCCGUUUGAGAUGAAGACCCCGGAUUUCCUGCCCAACCUACUAGCACAAUGUGGAAGAGUUUAGGAAAUCCUCACUUUUAUCUGAAGCUUCUCCAAAUGAGGAAACUGACCAGACAGGAUGAUUUCCAGAAUUUUCAAAGGCCCCCGACAGUGACCUCGCCAUUGUCCCUUCUAAAGGAUACAGAACCGAUCCGACUUCCCAAGAGGGAAGGAUGGUACUGCAUGUACUUAAAGUGGUUCAGACUGGUUGCUCUCCCUCACAGAUAAAGCAGCUUUCUAAUACACAAACUUUGGAUAUUUCAGCUUCUAAACACCGUCACAUAGGUUUGCCUGGGCACAUUCUGGUGAGCAGAGUUACUGAUAACCAAUUCGCAAUUAACUCCCCUUACUUUUAAUAUUUAAGAUUGCCCCCUGUGGAAGCUUAUAUACAAGAAUUUAUCUAAAUUAUUUAUUUGGCAAUUCUAUUCACAGAAGAAAAGCUGAAAACCAGAAAUCUUACAAGAGCACCUCUGAAAUUAUGAAUCGAAGGCUUGAUAAAUAUCUAGGAUAUCUGGUUUUGUGUGGAGGAAAGACCCCAAUGUGCCUCUAGUGGAUUUGAACGUUUGGAACCUAAAAGUGCAUUAUAUGUGCAAACUCUAAAAGUGGAUUCAGAUUGUAAUUCUUCCUGAUUUUUUUUAUUUUAUUUAUUUUUACAUUUUUUUUAUUGAUUUUUUUUUUACCAUUUUGCACAUAUUUGGAACAACGUAAAUAAUUCCCUUACAUUACUGUAAAUUUUAUAACCCUAUUGGUACAUUUGUGUCACUUUCUGCAUUUCUUUAAAUUUAAAUGAAUACUAGAAGCACUAAACCAUCUGUAACUUAUUGAAGCAGUUUUGGUGUAUAGAUCAUGCCACUGCAGUCUCACUGCUUAAUUCUCUGCCAUUUAGGAGAUAAAUCAUUUUGUUCAUGCAGCCUUAGUAAUACCUCCCUGCAUGUGACUUACAGAGUGCCCCUCUACAUUUUCUGUAAAGAGAGAUCUAAUCUUUAAACUUCCUUCAUUGCAAAGUGUGCUUAAAUUAGAGUUUCCUAUCUCCUACUUUGUUAGCCCCUUAAUGAAGUAGGGAAUUGUACAAGUUCUAAAACAAAACAAAUUUGUGCUAUGUGUUGUUCCACUGUAAUUUAUACAUAUUACCGAAAACCAAUCCGGUAAGGCUCACUAUUUACCAGAGCCCUCUUAUUAGUUCGCUUAAACCAACCAAUCAGAGCGCUCUGAGUCAAAUUGCAGGGCGUUGGAAGGCUUUAUAAGCUGAGCUCGCUCAGUCUGCGCUGUGCCCUUGCUGGUUGAAGAUGGAUUUUUAAAAUGUAUUUAUUUUUUUGGUGUCAGGAUAUAUUUUUUUAUUUUAUUUUAUAAGUUCCACUGACUUUAUGGAUUUUAUUUUGGCCUUUUUUGGGCCCAUUUGGUUUUUAGGGCCCCCACCGGCCGCUCAUGAGUGGGGGCCAAGGGGAACCCAAUGUCCCCCAUUUAGUUGAAUAGCCCCCACUUGUGGGGCACAGAUGAGGGCUCGGGGGGAGGGGGCCCACAGGCUGCUCACUGUUUUAGUAUAAAUGCCCCUAUUCGCAGCAAAUCGAGUAGGAGCUGUCUCCCUUAUUUACUAAUGCUAAGUAAUUUUUACUUUGUAUUAGUAAAGUUGGCUGAAAGACCAAUUUUGGUCUUUCAGUCUUUUGGUAGAUAGCUUCCAAAUAUCGUGGGAAUCAGUAAGAUAUCUAGUUUCGAACCGAACUAAGUACCGAAUAUCGUCCUAACACGAAUGAACAAACUAUACUUAUUCUGUUAGGUAGUUUCGCUUGCGUCCAGUCUAAAUGACAGAAUGUUUGGGAAUACUGAAAGGAAGCAUCACAAGAUCACGGAGGAAAGUUUAACAGCCUUCCCUGUGAGGUAUACAGGUGCCUGAGAGUAACAUAUGUUACCCGUACACCGUUGGUAAUUUCAGAAACGAUUAAAACUUCCUUCAGAAGAAAUUGUGAAUUCGCUGGAGCCAUGUGUAAUAAAUAAAGUAAUGAUAAUAAAGGCAGAAUAACUUUCAGUAUUAGAAACAAGCACAAAUAAACCUGAAUGGGACAUUCACAAAAUUGGGAUAUCUCGGACGACGGGCUAUUUCAUGACACAAAAAUAAACGUUAUAUAUGACCCUGCUCAAAUGAGCUAAUUCUGGGAAAAUUUCCCACAGGAAGUGGGUCAAAGCUGGUCAAGCGUAAGAAAAAUACAUCAGACAAAGUAGUCCCUACUUUGUCUUAUGUUUUAAAGAAAAAUAGAUCAGAUAGGAAGAGAAGAGGAAGCGAUUAGGGAAAGGUGAGUUCGGCAUGACUGUGCCGCUUUAACACUGCAAUGUUUUUACAUUGCAGAGCUAAGGGGACAGGGACACUGUACCCAGACCACUUCAGUGAGAUGAAGUGGCCUGGGUGCCUAUAAAGUCACAAAUCUUUCAAAUAACAGUUAUUGUCAUUUUAGCUGAAUCUUUGGACAUUUAGCAAACUAAAAAGGAUUCAAGGGAUUUUAAUGCAGUCCAACUUAAGAUAAGAGCACAUCUUCUCUGUAGUGCCAAGGAUAAGGUUUUCUAACAAUCUCAUCCUUUUUUAGUUUUUGUUUUACAUUUUUUCCCCUGUAUUAUUUCUCAGCUUUUAUUCCCUUUUUUUUCAACAGAUAGACCAUUUUGGAUUUUACGAGGAUGCCACUUUCAAGCAGCGGUAUUUGGUCUCAGACUGCAACUGGAGGAAGCCUGCUGGGCCCAUAUUGUUCUAUACGGGCAAUGAGGGAGAUAUCACAUUGUUCUGCAAUAAUACAGUAAGUAUAAGUAGAUAAGAAGGUAUAAGAAGUGCUUCAUGUUUAUAUACAUGAUGGAAUUUCUUUAUCAAAAGAAACAUUUUGCCAUAAAGAUUCAUUUCAAUUUAAGCUCUCUGUUGAACACACUUGUACUUAAUUAUAUAUUAUGGAAUUUCUUUAUUUUUUAGGGGUUCAUGUGGGAUGUGGCGGAACAGCUUGGAGCCAUGUUGGUUUUUGCUGAACACCGCUAUUAUGGAGAAUCCAUGCCAUUCGGUGACUUGUCAUACAGUGUAAGUAUGUUUACAGUAUAAACGGCACUGCAACUACCAUAACAACUUCAGAUAAUCGUUCAACUUCCCUCUCCCUACUCUCUCACUGUGUAAUACUACGCAAUUCUCUAAAUAUCUGCAUCUAGUCUUAGGGCAGUAAUAACACGUUUUCAUAAUCUGACUAGGUCAGGGGUGUAGACUACAUAAACUUGUCUUGUCAGAUUAUAAAAGUGCUUUUCGGUAUUAUUUGUCUGUACAAAUAAUUUUUACAGUGUGAGUAUGUGUUGACAUCAUAGCUUUAGUUAGUUUAGCAGCCUUCCCUGUGAGGUAUACAUGUGCCUGAAAGUAACAUAUAUUACCCGUACACCGUUGGUAAUUUGGAAACGAUUAAAACUUCCUUCAGAAGAAAUUGUGAAUUCGCUGGAGCCAUGUGUAAUAAAUAAAGUAAUGAUAAUAAAGGCAGUAUAAAUUUCAAUAUUAGAAACAAGCACAAAUAAACCUGAAUGGGACAUUCACAAAAUUGGGAUAUCUCAGAUGACUGGCUAUUUCAUGGCACAAAAAGAAACGUUAUGUAUGACCCUGCUCAAAUGAGCUCACAUUCUAAAGCUUUUUAAAUAAUGUGGUAUUCUCCUCCAAAAUGAUUUCAAUCUUCUAUGUAUCUUGCAGAAUAAACAAGAGCUCCCUGUCACAUAUAUCCCCGCUAGUAAAACUAGAGCGGAUCUAUUCCUAUAGUAUACAUGAUGUACACAAAGACCUGAAAGCACCAGAGGUUUAAAAAGUUUACACUCCGUGUGACAAAUAUACACAAAUGUGACAAAUAUACUUGUUCUUGCAUUUACCUUUAAUCAUAUGUGCAUGCUAUUUACAUACUUUAUUUUUUAUUUUAUUUUCUCAGGAUCCUAAAUACUUGAACUAUUUGACAUCUGAACAGGCCCUUGCUGACUUUGCUGUGUUGAUAAAGUUUCUUAAAUCAUCCAUUGAAGGAGCUAAAGACAGCCCGGUGAUUGCCCUUGGGGGCUCUUAUGGUGGAAUGUUAGCGGCUUGGUUUAGAAUGAAGUAUCCACAGGUUGUGGUUGGGUAAGAAUAUCAUUCAAUGUUCAAAAAAAAUUAAAAAAAAUUAUAUAUAUUAUAUAAAAUAAUCCAGAACAAAAAUGCACUAAUAUUAUCACAAAUAUAUUCUAAACCCUAGAAACUAACCUUUCAUUUUUGACAUUCAGAUAGCGACUUGCAAUAUAAAGCUGUUGAGGACUUUUUUUGUUUUAUCUGGGUCAACCAAUCACUGGAUGAAGUUCAUGGGAAUUAUUUCAUAGCAAGUGGUUGCCCCACAUUCCCAUUACAUCAAAUAUUUAUUUGACUCCCAGCCUGAGCUAUAAUUUCCCUGAGCGUGAUAAGCUACAUAGUGCAGCCAAUGCAAUAAUGAACACAAUGAUGACAUGGGUGAGACAGCAACUCAUACAGAGAUGCCAAUGUGCUUAGUUGUAACAGAGGGUAUCUCAAGGCUGCUCUUUAGUCUGCUUUACAGGUGAUCUCCCCAUCACCAUGGACAGGAACUGCUUAUACUUCUUGGCCAUGCUGGUCCUGUUCGGUACCUUCCAAACCAAUGAUCAUCGUAUGAUGCUUGGCCACGUAGGGUAAUGUGGGAGUGAUGGACAAUGCAAAUGAUCUAUUUCCUACACUAUCAUACCCAGCUGGACCUGUUUUGUCUAUGACUCUUUGCUUUCAGUUGACAUGCUGACUGCCAUUUUAAGUGUCAGACAAUGCAGCAGGCUCACUCAGGCUGGAAUCUGACACCACUCAUGUAGGCUCAGAAUGCUGGCUAAAGAAUAGCUGUAGUCUAAAUCAGCCAUUGUCAAAUCAGGUAAUAGUUACCCCUAGGCGCCCUCAGGAUGUUAUCGUUUUUAGCUAGUCCAAGCAUAGAAUACCCAUUUUGUGCCGUCAUUGCUUCCUGUCUGUACUAGACAACAGGAUUAUCAUUGAUACAGAGCUUACCUAUUUACUCAUCAAGUAGUGUGGAAUGCAGCAACUUGAAUGGUAAGACUAUUUUGAUGCCUCCAUCACCCCUGGGGUUCCAUUAUCUGCACUGACUUUCAGUGGGGUUCCAUUAUCUGCACUGACUUUCAGUGGGGUUCCAUUAUCUGCACUGACUUUCAGUGGGGUUCCAUUAUCUGCACUGACUUUCAGUGGGGUUCCAUUAUCUGCACUGACUUUCAGUGAGGUUCCUGGCCUAGUUUUAGAUUGCAUUCCUGGUGUUGAAAACACUCCAUAACAUAAACAAACAAGUCUUUCUAACCCUGCACUGGGGGUCCCCCAUUUCUGCAUAUGGAGCUCUUUACCCCCACAAGGUUGGACUUCCAUAAUUCUUCCCCGGGGUAUGGCAAGAUUCAAGAAACACAUCUUAAUUUUUACCUCCUCUAAUCUUUAGUCUCUUCUUUUCUCUUUUUCCUAUUUAUUAUUAUAAAGGAUUAUCUAUGAACCAUCACACUGUGAUUUGCAAGGUGUUUGUUAAAAUGAGGAUUCUGAAAUAAAAGAUCGAUUCAACAGUUGCAGUGCUAACGAGUAGCAAUCUCUUACCUACAAUCCAAUUGCUUUUGUUUUUCUUUCUAAAGGGCUCUUGCGUCCUCUGCUCCUAUCUGGCAGUUUGAAGAUUUGGUUCCUUGCAAUACGUUUUAUCAAACCGUCACAAAUGAUUUUAAGAAAAGUGGACCAGGAUGCUCAGAAAGCAUCUUAAAUUCAUGGGCAGCUAUUAACCAUUUGUCAGAAACCGGUGAGUAGUGAACAGUUUUUUUUUUUUUACAUAAAUCACUGGAUUAUUCACUACAGUGUGAGUUGUCAGGAAUUUUCUACUUUUAGACGGGGUUGCAAAACUUUAUUGACGCCAGAUAUACUGCAUUAACCCCUUCCCGACCAAAGACGGAAAUUUUUCGUCAAGCUUGUCCUUGCGUUAAGGACCCUUGAUGGAAAAUUUCCGUUAUUUACUAAAGUUAUCCUCAGAUCGCAGACAACCUGUCAGAGUGAGCACAUGUGCUGCAGGGAAUUCUGAUCCGCCUCUCUGUGCUUCCGCGGCUGUUGUGAAGUGCAGGGAGACGGAUCAGCAGUGAUCUUCUCCCUGCAAAAAAAAAAAAAAAUUCAGUUAAAUCUCACCUCCCACUUUCCCCUGCUUUAGUAAAAUUAACCCCUUCCAUGCCAAUUGAUCACUGACUACAGAGAUCAAUUGGCAGGGACUACAUUUUACUGUCAUCUUAUUUUUUUUAUUUUUUUUUUAUUUUUUAACCCCUGAGGGUUACAUUUAUUUUUUUUAACCCUCAGGGUUUUUUUUUGUUUUUUUUUUAUUAAUUCAUUUAAAUAUUUUAAAAUUGUAUAUUUAGCUAGCUGGGGGUGCAAGUUAGUGGGGAAUUUGGUGUUAGGCUAGCUUAGGGGUUAACGUUAUAAAAUACACAUUUUGUAUCAUAAAAUAUUUCUUGGGACUUUACAACUCAAUAAAAGUAGUUAUUUUGUUAUAUAGUAUGCCUCACUUCACUGGUUUGGAGAUUCUGUAGGAGUGAACAGAUUUUCUUUGAAAUGAACCAGUGGUUUCUCCUAGUGCACAUUCAAGGAACACUAAAUGCACCAUAACCACUAGUCUUGUGCAUUCGUUUUUGAAUAAUCUCGAUUUUUCUCCGCAUUUUGGGAAAUCUGUCCAAAUUCCGCAAGUCUGAAAUAAUAUAUGGACACAUCACAAAAAAAAAAAAAAAAAAAUGGCCAAUCAACAAGCCUUUUCUUUUGUAUUGCAAUUCAGACCUAAAAAUCACAACUAUUUGCCGAUGGCAGCACUAGCAGCCAGUGAGUAGAUAGUUUAAAAAAAUAAAAUUUAAUCAUGACCAGAGGACCAGAUAAUGAAAUAAGGGGGGUGGACAUAUCAUUGUCCACCACCAUCAAGAGUUUAGGCUAAUUCUCGGUCUUCUUUGUUCUCAAUUCUUCUUUUCUUCGGCCCAACAAAGGCAAAGUAAAAGAGAGCAAAAUAACCUUGAUGAAUUGAGUGAAACGUUAUUGAUUUGUUUAAUCCAAUAUAGAAUAUAGUUUUCAGUACAAUGUAAAACGUUGCUUUCUAGGUGAUGGUUUGCAGUGGCUUUCCGAUGCGUUCCAUCUUUGCAGUCCAUUGAAAACCAAAGAGGAUGUGGGUAAUUUCAAAGGUUGGCUAAUUGAAACCUGGACCAACCUGGCAAUGGUGGACUAUCCUUACCCUGCCAACUUCUUGGAGCCUCUUCCUGCCUGGCCUAUUCAGGUAAAUGCAAUAUUACAUGUAUGCCAUAGUUAUUCCCCUUUGCCCCCCUUCCCUUUCCCAACUUCCCCCGUUCUCCUGCAGAAGCCUGUAGUAUAUGGUUUUUGUCUUUUUGUAAACUGCAGGAUUUAAUUAUCAGAUUGUGCAUUGGCCCUAUAACCCUUAUGGUUCAAUUGUCCAACGUGGCCGUUCAAUCUUGUUUAUGCAUUGCACCAAUGAGGGAGGGUUAUUUGUCCAGAAUUGUAGUGUUUCCAUUAUCUGACUGUAUGUAUCUGCAGGUUGUUUGCAAAUUUUUGAGGAAUCCAAAAAGUGGGGAGAAAGAGCUUUUACAGGACAUUUUCCAGGCUGUCAAUGUCUACUACAAUUACACUGGAACUGCGCAAUGUCUCAAUACAUCUCAAACGGCUUCAGGAAGUCUUGGCGACCUAGGAUGGACUUAUCAGGUAAUUAAAGUCUCGUUGGUUAGGCUUAUAUAUGCAUACAUUGAGCAAAAUAUGGAUCAGGUGGUUUUAACUGUGGGUCUCUGGUAUGCGUUGAUUGUCUGUUUGUCCAUCUGUAAAAGUAAUAAAUCUUCACCCAGAAAUUAAAAAAUUGGAUAAUCCGUUUUCAUUUCCCAAUUUAAUGGGAUGUAUUUUAUUGAUCUUGUAUUUUUUGAGUUAAGCCUUCCAGGGAACAGAACCUUUUUUGACUUUUUCGGUUUAGCCAGAUUAUACAAUUCUGUCUGGAACUCAUUGUUGCUAGCAAUGAAGAAACCACAGAGGUUAAUAUAUAGAAAAUACUGUCGUGCAAAAUAGUACAAAUGGUAGUUAAAAUAAGUGUAAAUUUGAGAUUAGUGAAAAAUCCACCUUUUUGCUAAUGCUAACCUUUGAGACAAAGGUGUUUUUGUUUAUUUUUUUAACACCUUAUUUGACCGUAUCUUAAGCUGUAGUAUACGGGGUGUAAGAAACUCACUGGAUACUAGUAUAAUAUGAAUAAACUGCCUUAUUACCUUCCAGGCCUGUACGGAAAUGGUGAUGCCCUUCUGUUCAGAUGGAGUAAAUGACAUGUUUGAACCACACACAUGGGAUUUCCAGGCUUACUCUGAUGAUUGCUAUAAGCAGUGGGGAGUCAGGCCACGUGCCUCAUGGAUUACGACUGUAUAUGGUGGAAAGAACAUCACUUCCUACAGCAAUAUCAUCUUCAGGUAAGGUGGUCCAUCAUGUAUCUUGCUUCGGAAAUGAGUGACUGUUCAUUCCAAUCACGAAGUAUUCAACACAAACUAUCUGUGAAUAUUUGUUUGCUCGGUUAAUUACUGUAUGUUACAUUUGUAACAACAUAAUUUGCUAAAAAAACACUGACCCGCACUCAGAUGAUAUCCCUUUGACCAUGGAAUGUGGAAUGUGUUGAUGUUCUCCAUGUGUAACUGAAUAGAACAGAGUUUGGAAAAAGAAGGCCACAGGGAUUUCAGAAGAAACAAAACAAUUAAUAUACUUUUCAUAGUGUGAGCUGAAGUGAAUACAUGUCCCGUUGUACAAAAUCUGUAUUCGUUGUUACUGGAUAGUGUCUUCAUAUUUUAUAGUGAAUUAACUCUUUUUAAUUAGACAGUUAAGUCCUUUCAUUCCAUAACACUAAUGGAAAUAUAAAACUUUAAAAGAUAAUUAAAUCUUACUUUGCUUGCUUUAAUGUUUUCAUUUGUUUUCACUCUUUUGUAUGGACACUCUAGGCUCCCACACAUGUUAGGUGCACUGUGUUACAGUAAAAACCUCUUUCUCCAUACUAUCUUUAACUGUUUUGGAGUCUUUUUUCAUAAAUUUACAUGAAAUGCAUCUCCCACAUCUAUAAGUACCAGACAAGCCGGUCUGGAGCCAUGUUGUAGAUGCUGGGGUUUCGGUUUUAAAAUGGCUUGGGGCUAAAAGAUCUCGUAGGUUUUUGCCUCUCCGAGCUGUAAUGGAGACAUUUGGGGGCCAGUACUUCUUGAAGGUGCUGAUCAUUGGUAAACAGUGGCCAGAAGCGUCUGAGGGAGCUUUUUAUAUUUUCCCAUCCUGCAUCAUAGGUGGCAAUUAGGCGUAUGUUGUUCUUGGGGGUCUCUAGAGAUUUAGGGAUAUCCCCACUCAAUAGAAUAUUACGGUCGGAAUCAAGUGCUCUUUGGUAUGCACGUUUCAGGCACCUAUUGGGAUAGCCUUUGGCUUUAAAAAAACCUCUUAGUUCUUUUGCCUUAAUCUUGAAUUCAUCAGUAGUGCUGCAGUUGCGUCGGAUCCUAAGGUAUUGGCCCGUCGGGAUACCCAUUUUGAGUGGUAUUGGAUGAAAGCUGUCCCAUCUCAAGAGGUUAUUAGUCGCCGAGGGUUUUCGAUAAAGAGUGGUGUGUAUUUUAUUUUCAGUUGUUAUGGAAAUUGUUAAAUCCAAAAAAUUCAGACUUUUAUCCCCAAAUUCACUCGUAAAUCUGAGGUUUUCGUCAUUAAUGUUGAGGAUACAAACAAACUCAUUGAACUCCUGUAGAUCCCCUAGCCACACUAUGAACACGUCAUCGAUAUAGCGACGCCAAAGAAAAAUCAGGGGGAGAUAAUGAGAGAUUUCUGGAUGUUGAAAUAAAUGUUCCUCCCACCAACCCAAAUGAAGGUUGGCAUAUGAUGGGGCACAAGCUGUCCCCAUCGCAGUCCCCCUGAUUUGAUGAUAGUACUUAUUUUUGAAUGUAAAGUAAUUGUGUGACUGAAUAUAUUCAAGAAGCUCCAAGCAAAAAAUAGUAUGUGCUGUGGCUGCCGUACCUCGUUGUUCCAAAAAAUAGCGUAUAUGACGAAUGCCAUUAGAGUGAGGAAUAGAUGAAUAAAGGGCUUCGAUAUCCAAGCUACAUAGUUUAGCCGAAGGGGGUACUUCCAGAUCUACUAAGAGGGUAAGAGUCUGUUUAGUAUCCUGAAGGUAUGAAGGAAGUUUUUCAACGAAUGGUCGUAAGAUUUUAUCAAUAUAUAUACUACCGUUUUGUGUCAGAUUUUCUAUGCCCGAGACAAUAGGGCGACCAGGGGGUAGAGUCAUACUUUUGUGUACUUUGGGCAGGCAGUAGAAAGUCGCUAUCCUGGGAUGACAAUUAAGGAUGAAUGCAUAUUCAUCCCCUGAUAGCAACCCUCCACUGCGGCCCUUAUCCAAUAUUUCCUUAUACUUUUUAAGAAAAUCAUUAGUAGGAUCAGAUUUUAGAAUUUUAUAUGUAUUCUCGUCUUCCAAUACUUUAAGGACCAUUGUAACAUAGUCUGUGACAUCCAUCAUGACUAUAUUCCCGUCUUUGUCCGCGGGUUUCAUGAUGAUCUCUGUAUUAUUUCUCAGAGACUUAAGUGCCCUUUGUUCCCUACUUGACAAAUUCAUAUUUGGGUGGAAAUCAAGAGAUCUAAUGUCUAAUUUAUCAAUUUCAUUUUUCAUUGUUUCUAAGAAAAGAUCAAUAUUACGAUAAUUACUCAGAUAUGGAGUGAAUUUGCUUUUUAAUUUUAAGUCAGUAUAUUUUGAAUGAUUAGAUUCAUUACUUUCUUCCCAUAAGUCCAUGAGGGUCAUAAGGCAUUCGUAUUCUCUGUUGGACAUGCCAUGGGACUUGGCUUUCUUUUCUUUAUUGGUCUCAUGGAAUUUAUGUAGGGCAAGUUUACGGGCAAACAGAUGGAGGUCUUUUACCCACAUGAAUUUAUUUAGGGGAGGUACAGGUACGAAGGAGAGCCCUUUCUCUAAGAGUGAGAGAUGGUCUUUAUUCAAGGUCUGUUUUGAAAGAUUAAUGACUCUUCAGUCCGUUGCCGGACAGUUUUCUUGACUCAGAAUCUUCUCCUUCCGGGUCUCCAUAUUAGAUCCAGUAAAUAUUCAGCUGAAACUCCUAUAUCUAGGCACCUCCGUGAACAUCAUAACAGCGACCCUAAGGGGUUACGCUUUUGCGGCCUUGAACUAGUUAAAAAGAACUCUAGACGAGGCGACUAUGAUCGAUUUCUGAGACAAAGAAAAUGUUUCUGGAUCUAUCGUCUGAAGACCCUGAGUCCUAAUGGUCUGAAUGAGGGGUUUUCCUUUUCUCCCUUUCUAUAAGGCCAUACACACUAUAUGUAAAUCCUGCCUGCUUUAAUGUGUGUGCUCUAAUUGUUCCAACAAUAGUACUAAUGAUUUGAUACAGUCUUUAAUAUGAUUUCGAAUUCUUGCUGGUUUAAUUUAGUUUAUUUAUUUUUACCAUUACUAUUGUUUUCUUCUAUCACUUUAAGGAUGUUAGGCAUCUCUGAGAGAUUUGUUAAGCAUAUAAUGCUUUCUUUAUAAGUGUAAUUACACUUUAUACUUUAUAAUUUACACUUUAUACUUCAUAUCCCCUAUAGGGUGCCUUACUCCUGUGACUGAUCUGCUUUGUAAGAAUUAAUUUCGAACAUUGAUUACUUAAUUCUCUAAACUGUUUUUCUAACCGGCAGAUUCGCCGGUCGGAGCUUUUCCCGGCUCCUCCCCCUCCCGUGACGUGGCCUCAUGCGUUUGGCCAUGACGUCACGGGAGAGGCGGGCACUAGCCCUUUAUAAACCUUGGCGGCGAGGGGCUUCCCUCGUCACUCUUGAAAAAGGCGCUACAUAGCGCCGAAACGCGCGUCGAUUUUGAUCUUAGAUCCUAGUUAGUCUCUUUGUUCACUUUACCUACUAUAUUUGAUUUUUAUAUUAAUUCGAGUUGGAAGCUCAAUACUAAUAUAGCUAGCUACUAUGAUCUAUUUAGAAGUUUAGCCUAGCGAGUCAUUUUUCAUUUUGUUUUCUACGCUCGAUUUCUAGAUCUAGGCGGACCUCUUUUCUCUAAUUAUUUGAGCUACUGCUUCAUAUAGUUAGAUCUAUAUAUAUAUAUAUAUUUAGUACACCUGUUAUUAUUUUUAGUUUUGGGUAGAAUUUCUCACUUUCACUGUAUAUACACAUUUUUUUGUUUUACUACAUGGGGUUGGUCAUCUGGGGGUGAUGUGCUUGUCGGUUGAGAGAUGCUGUUCCUGUUUACCUAGGAGGCAGGGGAAAAUCCUGUAACAGUUGUGUUUUAGGCAAUUAGUUCAUCUUUAAUGCAACAUUGUAUUCUUUUCAAGCAACAACUUUAGGGUAUAUAGAAUUCUGUUGAGAUUUGACAAACAUUCUAACAAUCUACUCUUUAUGUUGCUACUUACUUUGCAUCUGCAAACAUUUUACCACUUUUGAAAUGUGGGGCUGACUACUCUCUAGAGGAAUUGCGCUACCUGGGUAUCUUUAUACAUAGGAGGAAUUUCUUUAAAUUUAUUUCUCUCUAUUUUGAAUGUAUAUACUUUUGAUCCCAGGUUAUCUCACUAGUGGAGCCAGCAGUUUUCUGCUCGAUUGAUUUACCAUCUAUCCAACAGGCUUAUAACCUGCUACAAACUUCAGGGAGCUACACCUUAUUUACUGGGUGUUAUUCCCAUAAUAGCAGUUUGAGUAUAUUCUAUGCAGACAUUCUGAUUUUCUAAGGGGCCUCUUGAAAUAUGUCACACUAUGGAUACUCUAUUAUGACAUGUUACUCUUUAGUACAUAUACUUCUAAGCAGUUAUUGACUUACAAUAUUGCCAUAUAGUUAUAUCUUUGCUGUAUCUACCAGGCGGCCUCCGACUGCACUACUAUAGACUCACGGACUGUGAGCCAUCCCCCCAUGUAUUUUAUUUAGUUUGUGAACAGUUUUUCAAUAAAGUAUUUUUUAUUUUUAUCUACUUUAAGAAAACCAGGGGACUUUAUAUACUCUCUCAGUGGGCACACCCCUAUUUGAGUGUGUUGUGGGAGUUAGACUUUUGUUUUUCUCUCCACACACCCUCAUCUUUGGGAAUCUUUUUCAUUAUCCUUUCUGUUGGGUUAUCCCCUUUUCUUGCUGCCCAUUUAGUCCUUAUUUUGGCCCCAGGAGUGGAUUGUUUCCAACCCUGUAGCCAUUGCUUUCUCUCUUUAUCAUACCUGGUGUUUUAGCCUCCAGUAUUACUGGUUCCAACUAAGCCAAACUAAGAAACUGCAUUUAAUUCAUAAGGGUCCAGGGAUCUGGGUACAGACUGGUGAUGAUUGGCCACUGUCAGACUGUAUGUAUUUUAAAUAAAAUCUUUUUAGGCAGUUUCUAGAACAUUGGAUAGCUCCCCUUGCCAAUGCUGGUAUUGCUUAGUUAAAACAUUAGUAGUCUAUGCAAUUCGAGUCAUUCUGUGUCACUCAGUUUGCUUCAUAGUGCUAAUCAUGAAGGGGAACUAUUACAUUUAAUUAUUUUUCACCCAUCAAGAACAAAUAUGUUAGAUAUUUAUUUAAAAUCCUGGAAGUGACAUGUCCCCUUUAUAAUAUUCUGUCAACGUGGGCAUAGGACAGAGCAGGUAAAAUGCAGAAAAUAAAGUUACCCUUCAUGUGUCAUGCCUCUCCAUUCUCUUCUCUCACCACUUGUGCAGGGCGAGUUAACCCCUGAAUGAUUCAUUAAAGGGACACUAUAGUCAACUAAAUAACUUGAGCUUAAUGAAGCAGUUUUGGUGUACAUAUCAUGCCUCUAAAGUUUCACUGUUCAGUUCUCUGCCAUUUAGGGGUUAAAUCACUUUUGUUUCUGUAUAGGCAGCCCUUGCCACACCUCCCCUGGUUGUGACUGACACUGUCUGCAUGAAAACAAAACGGUUUCAUUAUCAUUCAGAUGUAACUUACUGUAAAAGUUUUAUCUCCUGCUCUGUAAAUUGAACUUUACUUGCAGGAGGCUCCUGCAGGGUCUAGCAAGCUGUUAACAGUGCAGGAGUAAAGACAUUCUUAAACAGAAUUUGCAAUAGAGGAAGUGUAAACAUUAGAUGACUCUUUACAGGAAGUAUUUAGGAAAGCUAUGUAAGUUACAUGCAGGGAGGUGUGACUAGAACUACACAAACUGACUUAACUCCUAAAUGGCAGAGAAUUGAGCAGUGUGACUGCAGGGACAUGAUCUAUACACCAAAACUGCUUCAUUAAACUAAACUAAAGUUGUUUUAGUGAUGAUAGUGUCCCUUUAAGAAGAACUGUUGUAUAUGUUAAUAUCUGAAGAGUUUUUUGCUUUGUGAUGAAUGCAAUUGAAGAUGUUUUGCCAAAAAGAAACUUAAUGUAACUUCUCUAUAUAGUAGGGUUUGUGUUAAUCAUUUUUUUUCAUUUUUUCCCCCCCAGUAAUGGUGGUCUGGAUCCAUGGUCCGCUGGCGGAGUGAAAGAGAGUCUUAGCGAUUCUUUGAUUGCCAUCAUGAUUCCUGAAGGUGCCCACCAUUUGGAUCUGCGUUCUAACAAUGCAUAUGACCCCAAGUCAGUCCUGCAGGCUCGUGCUAUGGAAGUGGAGUAUAUGAAAAAAUGGAUUCAAGAAUCCAGAAAUAAUUAAAGCUAUUCUUUAUUGACCUUUCCUAAUCCUGCAAAUCAGACUAUAAUGAGGAUAUCCGGGUGAAAGUGAGAACUUUCUCAUUGUACUCAGGACCGAGUCUAAUAUUUUUGGGGUUCCAAAGAUUUUGAAGUACGUUAUUUACACUCGUGGUAACUUUGUCCUAGUUUCCUAUGUUUUUUUAUUUUUUUGUUUUUAAUCAAAAAAAAAAAAAAAGUGGGACUACCGUAUAUACUCGUGUAUAAGUCGAUCUCAUGUAUAAGUCGAGUGCAGUUUUGUGACCAACAAUUGUGAAAUAUGCUAUGCCUCGUGGAUAAGUCGAGGGUAAAACUUGG